AGCUCAACCCAGAACGGGUCUCGUUCCGCUGUCGUGCACAGUGCACACGUCGCUGUUGCCUUUACGUCGUACGGAAGGUUUGCAAGGAUAUGUGUUGAAGAGAUGUCAGUGUGACUCACGGUGCCUUACUCAGCGUCCCUGUGAAUUUUCGACGCCAGAUGAUUGGAUAAUUGGGGCAAGGUGAUGUGUUUCUCGCACCGGCGUGUUGUAGGUGUUUUGUGAAGACGUAGAGGGUGGUUACGUGUGACCGCUGUUGUUCAUACUCCACGGUGAUAUUGGAAGCGUGACGUACUUGUUUCUCGUGCAAGACAUUGGAAUAUAUGUGUGAACGAGAAGGAAGAACCUUCCUUCAAACAAGACAAAAGACAACGUGGUUUCUUGAUGGUGGCUCUAGAAGGACAUUAACUACGUGCUGCACUCGACGUCGGAGUUUGUUGAGCAGACUGUGCAUCGUAGAAACUGAAUGCCCGUUUAGCUCUGAAGUUAUGCUACAAAGCAUUCAUUAAGGACCACGGACGCAGUUGUGUUGAAGACAGCGAGCUGCAGGUAUGGCUGCCGAAGUUUCUGCUAGUGGAACAGCAACUACUCCGGACGUCACAUCGCCUCCCACCGUAAAACGCAAGUUUGAGCGCACGUCGUCGUGGAAUCGUAAAUGUGCGGCGGCGACAACGGCUUCGAACGUGCUCCGGUCGCUCAGUUUUUCCAUUCGUAAACGUGAAGGAAGUCUGCUGAGCCCACGUUCGUCCAGGAGGGCCGAGAAGGGUGGCGAUGCAUGUAAGAGAAUUCCCCAGCCAAAGCUGGUGCAUUUCAACAAGAUGGAUGUGCGGACUUACAACGUUCCUUUCUCAAACCCUGUGGCCAACGAUUACCGCAGCCACUUGAAUCACCCUGUUGCCACAACCUCAACUUCUACAUCCACCACAAGUCAUCAACCCGCGACAUCGUCAGCACCACCACUCCCACCUUCAACCGCUCCGCCAACGGCCAAUCCCAGCGCAGCCCCAACUUUGGGUCAACCUUCGCUCUCCACCAUCACAACAUCGGUCCAGGACGCCGUCUCUGUUCAAAUCUCACCACCAGUACCAAUACCCUCCCUCGAUACCAAGCUGGAUGCACAGAAACAGUCGAUUACUGUCCUAAGUUCUAAAGGAACCGAGACAUUGAAAGAAAUGGUCCAAUGUCCUAUAUGUCUGGACCGACUGCACAGACCAAAGAUGUUGCCCUGCCAGCACGCGUUCUGCUUUCUGUGUCUUCAGAACAGUGUUAUGUCAGCUGAUAUCACCAAGCUUCGCUGCGCCAAAUGCCGGACUGAAGUUCCCCUGCCUCAAGAAGGUAUCUCUGGAUUUCCAUCAAGUAUUCACCUGCAGAAUAUUCUAGACCUUCUGGAAUCGGACUAUGCUUCCAUGGACGAACUUCUGCAAUGCAGUACCUGUCAGACGAUGAGCACCACGGUGUACUGCGAGCACUGUAAGUUGUCCUACUGCGCGUUGUGCUUGGCACGUCAUGUGGAGGACAUGGCCAAACAGUUGAGUCAUAUCACCGAGCAGCUGGAGGCAACGGUUGAUAAAGUCGGACAGAGGUACAAAGAGUUCGAGGAGGUACAAUCCGCUCUGCAGUCGAAAAUCAAGGAAGAAACAGAGAUGAGAAUCUCCACUCUGAGAGACUCUGAGAGGCAGCUCCUGGAGCGCCUGGAGGCCGCCAGGAUAUGUGAAGAAGCAACAUGUCACGACCUUACAGAGAGAGUGAAGAACACUGCCGCUGCAACGCGCACUCUAGCCAAGGAGGGAUUGGACAGCAUUAAGGAUCCGAAUGAAAAGGUACGGGCGUUCAUGCGACUGCACCGAGAAGCAGGCGACUUACUGUCAGAAAGCGUAACCAAUGGAAACACAGAAGUGUCCUUCGACCCGAGCUCCUUCUCAGUCACCAUCCGGUCUCCAUCCGAACCUACAGAGAAAGAUGUCGAAUUCGUCAACUUGAGCUCUUCACCGCCCGUUCCAUUCAUACCUUCCCUGAUGGGCAACAGCACGAACGCAGCGCCCCUUGAAAACAGUCCUGCCACUGUUACACAGCAACAACGGGAAGCGCAGGACCAACUCGCCGACGCCCAGUCCAGAGCCUAUCGCACAAAGUCCUUCCUCCCCAAAUCCCGUCUCGGAAUCGGACUCGUGCAACGGCCGUCAGGCGUCGCUGUGUCCCCCUGGUCGUCAGAGAUCUUCGUCGUGUCGAUGGAUAACCAUAAAGUCUUCACUUUCGACUACCACACUGGCAGGUUUCUCCGGUCCUUCGGAAGUCGUGGUCACCGGGAGGGAGAGUUCCUGUGUCCGUUCGGCAUCGCGUUAUCACCGAUCGAAGAAGAGAUACUGAUUACGGAUAAGUGGAAGCACUGCAUCCACGUCUUCGACAAGGAAGGCAACUUCCUGAGGCAGAUCGGAAUGAAAGGGAGAUCAGCCGGGCACUUUCGAAGUCCCGAAUCUAUCUGCGUGGACAGCAACGGUAGGAUCUACGUUUGUGAUACGUGUAAUCAUCGAAUUCAAGUGCUGGAUCACGAAGGCAUCUUUCUACAUGAGAUUGGAACGCGCGUGCUCGACGACCGGUCCAGGAGCAUGUUCCAGGAGCCCACGGGAAUCGCCGUCACACAAGACGCCAGGCGAGUCGUCAUAUGCGACUUCGGAAGCCACCGGGUGCAUGUGUUUUCCACGGACGGAGAGCAUUUGUUCACUUUCGGGCAGAAAGGAUCACAACGCGGCCAGUACGUACACCCCGAAUGCGUUGCUGUGGACGCGAGAGGGUUCAUCCUGAUCGGCGACAGCGGCAAUGGUAGAAUUCAAAUCUGUCGACCGGACGGCCGACAUGUCAGGACAUUUGGUAACAAGGGUUCCAACCACGGCCAGUUUAGCUGGAUUUCGGGCAUUGCUGUGACGUCGAACAAUGAGAUUGUGGUCAGUGACUUCAAGAAUCAUUCUGUACAAGUGUUCUGAUGGCUCAGUCGUCAUCCCAUAUAGCAUGAGCAUAAACAUACAUACAGCGCAGUGCAUUCUGAAUAACAGAGCUGCGUCUAACCAGUGAUAGAAAAGGCAGUCUUCUCAGUUCCUUUGGUGACUCGCGAAUACUACUACGCCCUUUUUUUGGCGACACGCCGCUUCAGUCAAGUCUGCAGUCCUAAAACUAUGUAUUCCAUUGUAGCGAGCCCUGCUAAGAUGCUUACAUAAACUUCGUGUGAACAUUUGUACUUUCACUUCCCGCAGCUUGUGACCUAUCAUUCAGAACAUUCAACUGGUGACUGCCUUCAGUGCUCGCGGUCGUGGUACAUGGCCAUGUUGAUUCGUGUUGUUGUCAGUUGUGCAGAAUAGUGACUGCUUUUCUGUGGCUGUCGAAGGAUGUAUUAAAGGGCACUUUUAACGUUUGAUGGGCAUUACCAGCAAGGGCUUGAGAUGAAAGAAGCUACCACUGUGAUACUCAUGAAGUUGUCUAUGCACAUUUGUAGUUUGGCUUUGUUGUCGCCGCUAGCAAUGUACACGCAAUAAUUAUCCAAUAGAAAAUUCACAUAGCUCCGUCACGUCCGAGAAAAUGAAAAUAAAAAAACAAAAACUGCU